AUGGCCUUCCGUGCCGCCGCCUUCGCCCUCGCACUCGGCCUCACGGCGCCCGCCGUGGGCGCCAGCCGCUACUCCCCCGCCAGGGACCCCUGCCCCUUCGGCUACGGAACGGGCUGCGGCAACGCCAACAUCACUCCCGCGACGAAGGCACAGGUGGCCAAGAUCCUGGAGGGCAUCCUCGGGCGCCUCACCAGUCACAAGGCCUCGCUGCUCCGCGAGGCCACGGGCCGCGGGCAGGUGACCACCGAGGCCAAGGCCGAGCUGCGCGGCCUGCUGCAGCGCCUCCGCGGCGGGGACAGCAGUAAGGCUGCCGCCGUGGAGGCCCUGGCCGCCGAGGUCGCGCGCGAGAGCCCCGACGCCGGCUGCCGCUACUUCGGCGCCUGCGGCGGGAGCGACAAGCCCAUGGACGCGGCGACGAAGGCGCAGGUGGCCGCCCUGCUGAACGGCAUCCUCGGGCGCCUCCAGCGCUGA